AGAGUUGGUCAAGCGAUCUCGCAAACAGACUCGCUUCAUACUGCCUGCAAAUCGACGUAGCUGGUCGGAAAGCGAUUUGCUGCAAGAAAUCGACCAAGAAUUGAAGCUGGCCAAAGGUUUUCUAUUUCGAGAUGAAAAGGCCCAGUCUCCCAGCAUGUUUACGCCAAAAUUCAAGGCGAAGGCUCCCUCCGGAUCAGGCAUUUGGUCACCCAAAAAUCAAACACCAUCAUCUUCGACCUCGAAUUUGAGCGACAUCAAAUCAACACCACCAACGCCUCCACCGCCAGCGGUGUCGGCAUCCUCUGUGAUUUGGACACCACAGCAAUCGCCCCAACUGGGCCGCAAAGAAUAUCGACCUGUACGUUUUGAAUCGCCAACUCCGCGCAGAAGAGCACAGUCAACAUCAUCGCAAUCGCCACUGCCACCAUGGAAUAACAUCGGCAAAUACAACCAAACCACCGAUGUUCACACCCCUAACAGCUGCACAAACUUGAGUACACCACCAUCGACCAUUGUAUCCGAACAAGAUUCGUCGGAAUUUGUUCCUUUCGGUGACCGUUCGGCCAGUGUAUCGGAUAAAAUCAGAACGUUCGAAAGAUCUGCAUCUGCUACGGAACUGUACAGACGUUCGCAGAACAAACACGCCGGCGAUAAAGCACGUCCUUUCUGCCGACCCAAUGAAGUCAUUUUUAAUGUUAAGCACGAAUACAUGAGUGAACCGGAAACUGAUAACGAGCGUCCACGAAAAAUGGCACAAUUGGGCAGACGUCAAUACGAUGGCAUCGGGCCUACAACAACAGAUGGCAUGCCCAUCAUCCUGAGAUCGGAGGUGAAGGAGCCGCAUCAGCACGAAUGGUACAAACGUCUGUAUCAGACCAUCCACAAGCAGAAGCAUGGCGACGACUAUGUGAUCCGCUACAAAUAUCCAAGAGGUCGUGGCCAAACCAAACCGAAUGGUUAUCAGUCUGAACCAGAGCCCUCUUAUGACUCUGAUUAUUCGGUCAUUAAAUAUCGUCCUGUGAACCCCCAACGGCUGCAAUCGGUUUCGUCUGCAUUGAAUGUACGCAGUAGUAACGACAAGUUAUACGGCACACUGCCCAAUCCUGUAAAAUCAGGGCAGAACACGUACAAAAAUCAGCCAGGGCGUAUUGAAGAUUACGUCACUGGUCAUUCGUCCAUAUCCGAAAAAGAAACGAAAGAACAACUGGACCAGACCAAGCUGUCUUCACGCUAUACCGAAGGAAAUCUAGCAAGAGCUUUGGCUAAGGAAUCCGGUUAUACCAGCGACUCCAACCUUGUACUACACAAAAAAGAAAUACCACCGAAUAGCCCACUAAGCCCCCAAGAACAGAAGCAGGCAUACAAGCACGUCCAGUCAGGAGGAGAGCCACCACUGUUUGGUUUCCGCAAGCCAGCCCCUGAAAAAUCCAAAGCCUCGCCAAAUCGUUAUUAUGAAUCGGACGUAAACAUACACUUCAAGACACCUGUACGCCAAGAACUUAAAUCUCCACUGUCAGAGGAAGAAUUGGCCAUACGUCAGGCUGCACAAAUGCAAAAAUUAUAUGAAGAAGAGAGACGUCGUAAAUACUUGCAAGAACUACAAGACAUGAAUUCACGUCGUCACACGGACAAUUUUAUUCCGUCACAGAAAUCGCCCAUACCACUUAACCGCUACGAUGAUUUCCCUGCAGAUUUGGCCCUCAAAAGCCCAAACCAAACUAAGUCUGUUGCAAGGGCGUUGUUCAAUUUCCAGGCACAGAAUUCCAAAGAGCUGAGCUUUAAAAAGGGUGACAUCAUUUAUGUUAGACGAGCUAUAGAUAAAAACUGGUAUGAGGGAGAACACAAUGCCAUGAUUGGUCUAUUCCCAGCCAACUAUGUGGAAAUUAUCAACAGGGAUGUCUACCAGCCGCAACACACGCAUCGCAGCAAACCUUCGGAAGGUCAGGCUAGGGCAAAGUAUAACUUCCAGGCCCAAUCGGCCGUUGAGCUAUCCUUAAACAAAGGUGAAUUGGUGGCAUUGACCAGACGUGUGGAUGAUAACUGGUUUGAGGGUAGAAUAGCCAAUCGUAAAGGCAUCUUCCCCGUUUCAUAUGUAGAGGUGCUGACCGAUAUUGGUGCCGAGGAUAUUGCCGCUAAAACAACAACAGUACAACAGACAUCUACCGUCAAUUACCGCCCUUCACUGGAUGACCUGCGCACAAAUAUAAACAAUGAAUUUAAUACAUUAACGCGUAAUGGUGUUCAACCGCCAAAUUCUAUACUAAGGGAAACUCGACCAAAUCUUAAAACCGAUAUCUUGCAUGUCGACACAAGUUCGGAACCCCUGGUAUAUCGUGCUCUUUACAAAUACCGUCCACAAAACUCGGAUGAACUGGAGCUGUUGGAAGGUGAUAUUGUUCAUGUCCUGGAGAAAUGUGAUGACGGCUGGUAUGUGGGAACCUCACAGCGAACCGGCUGCUUUGGAACAUUUCCAGGAAAUUAUGUCGAGAGGCUUUGA